AUGGAGACCGUGAGCCCGGUGCUCUCGGCGUCCCAGGUGCCCCUGAUGGCUCAGCCCGGCACGGAGGCGCUGGUGGAGGCGGCCGAGCCGUCGGCGGAACAGCUGCUGGAGCCCGAGCCCGAGCCCGAGUCCGACGGCGAGCUGAGCUCCCGCGGAGGCGGCAGCGACCUGAGUCACCUCCGGGGCGACAGCGGCUGCGAGGAGUCCGCGGAGCCGGUGCCCGAGCCCCCGCUGCUCAGGCUGAGGCCCACGUCCCUGCAGAGUCAGGACAUCUCCCACCUGCUGACAAACCUCUUCAAGAAUCUGUACACUCUGGAUGUGAUUGGAGAAGACAUUGGGACGAACCUCAUUAAAUCCCGUGGUGGAGAAAACAUCCGACAUGAGAAGUUUGUGGAUGAGCUGCAAAAGCUUCGAGAUGAGUACACUCAGAAGUUGGCAGACACAGAUGUGGUUGAGAGGCACAUCAUUCAGGCCCGGGCUCGGGCCAUGGCGGAGGAAGAAAGGGUCCUGAACAACAUCAAGGCCCAGGGAUUUAAGGCUGUCCAGUUACCUCCAGUGAAGUUGGCCUUCAGAUGGUGUGUGAACAACGAGCUGCUGAGAAAAAGCAAUUUGAUUUGUCCCAACGAUUAUAUCCGUGACCCUUUGCCUUUUUCCCGAGCACCCAAAGGAGACAGUGAGUCAGAGUUCUACAAGCUGACCUUCAGCUACAAACAGCACAGCGUAGGCACGGAGGAUGCUAAGAAAGUCGCCGAGAUGGUCAGCAAGAAGAAGCUUCCAGCCAUCCCUUUGGAAGUGUCCUUGUCUACCCUGACAAAGUGCUCAACACCAGAAGUGAUGCCCCCCAAGGUUGUCAAGAAAUGUCGCUUUCCAAAGAAUAAGAUGUGGAUGCAUCAUUUGGACACAGCCCAGAGGGUCCAGGAACGGCGCCUUCUCACCAAAUUUGAGAGCCAGAAUAAUUUUCUCAAGAACCCCCGCUUUUUUCCACCUAACACUGUGAAUGGAGGCAAGUCCCUCAUCGUUCCUCUGACGAAGACAGGACCAAUGGGAGAUGAACGGAGUGUCGAGUUCAGUGAGAGAAAUGUUGAUGAUACUCCGGUGUUUCUAGCCAAGCCAGCAGUGGGUUUUUUUACUGAUUAUGUAGUUGGACCAGUUUACGAGAUUGUGCUCGAGCUGCAAAAUAUGACAUCUACCAGCCGCCACCUGAGAGUCCUCCCGCCGGCCACACAGUACUUUUCCCUGGGCUUGGGAAAGUUCCCAGGAAAAGGAGGGCUGGUAGCCCCUGGGAUGGUCUGCCAGUACACAGUGCGUUUUGCUCCUGACAGCCUUGGAGAUUUUGAUGAUUUUAUUUUAGUGGAGACUCAGGCAGCCCACACGCUUCUGAUCCCCUUACAAGCCAGGAGACCGCCUCCAAUAUUGACACUGGCUCCAGCUUUAGACUGUGGUUACUGCCUUGUUGGGGGCAUCAAGACAACUGGAUUCAUCUGCAAGAAUGUUGGGCUGAGCACAGGAAGGUUCUGCAUCAUGCCCAAGUCAUCCUGGCCACCUCCAAGUUUCAGGGCUGUUGCUACCGUGGGCUUUGUGGAGCAGGCGCCCUUUGGAAUCCUUCCUGCUGUCUUUGAGCUCAUCCCAGGACAGGUGCUCCUACUGGAGGUGUUGUUUCUUCCAACUUCACUGGAGAUGGUGGAGAAAUCUUUCAUCAUUGUAUGUGACAAUUGUCAGAUCAAAGAAGUCAUCAUUUCAGGAACUGGUCAGCUGGUUGCUCUGGAACUCCUCUAUGUGUCUGGUGAGGCCAGCUACCCUGAGCCGGGGGAGCUCACAGACCUGACUGCUCAGCACUUCAUCCGCUUUGAGUCCCAAAAUAUCCAGACCACGACCUCAAAACACCUCAUUAUAAGAAAUGCGACGCAUGUGGCCCUGCCCUUUCACUGGCAGAUUAUGAAGCCCAAUCUACUGCCACUGAUACCGGGAGAGAUCUGGAGUUCUAAGGACAUCAAGUACUACCCCGACACUGAGACCGCCUUCUCCAUCACUCCCAGGAAAGGCAGCCUUCAUCCUCAUGCUGACCAUGAGUUCAUCCUGAGUUUUUCUCCUGAGCAGCUGAAAGAUUACCACAGUGUGAUCCAGAUUGUGCUGGAGGAGGUCCCAGACCCUGUUUGUCUAGAGAACGAGAAUGUGUGUGAAUUACCAAGUAUCAUGGAUGACAUCAUUGCCCUGGAAAUCGAGGUGAAAGGUUCCGUCGAACCCUUCCAGAUUCUCCUGGAACCGUAUGCCAUUAUCAUUCCAGGAGAAAACUACAUUGGGGUGAAUGUGAAGAAAGACUUCAAGAUGUGGAACAACAGCAAAUCUGCCAUCCGGUACACCUGGGGGAAAAUCAGUGAUUGCCACAUCGUUGAAGUGGAGCCCUACACUGGGGUCAUAGAACCUAAUGAAAAGGGUGAAUUUGAAUUGAAUUUCACUGGAGGUGUUCCUGGAGUGACGAGCCAGGAGCUCCUCUGUAAAAUUGAGCGCUCGCCGGUACCCGUAGUGCUGCAUGUUGAAGCUGCCUUCAAGGGGCCAACACUUAGCAUCGAUGUCUCAGCCCUGCAGUUUGGUCUGGUCCGACUGGGGAAGAAAGCGAUCGGCUUUAUAAACAUUCAGAACACAAGCCAGCUCCCAGCGAAGUGGAAGAUGCAAGAGAGUCCAGCGUGCCUCGAGGAGAGGAAGGAAAAAGUUUCUCCCUUCAUCAUUGUGCCCCCCCAGGGCCAUAUUCCUCCUCUGGGGCAGCUCCGAGUGACUGUUACUUUUGAAGCUAAGUGCUGCCAGAGCCUCCAGACAGUCCUAGAGCUGCAAGUGGAAAAUGGAGACCCCAGCUACCUGCCUGUGUAUGGUGAAGUGCAGAGGCCUCACGUUUACCUGAUGUCCAGCCAGCUUGUGCUCAGCAACAUGUACCUUGGCAUUCCCACUGAGGCCACCGUCAUGCUCUUUAAUGGGACGCUCCUGCCCACCAAGUUCCUGUGGGGGAAGCUUCUGGGGACUCAUUCUGGCCUCUGCCUAGUGGACGUCUGCCCCAGAAACGGCCUCUUGGGGCCCAACGAGGAGAAGCAGCUGUCCCUACAGUUCACAGCUUUCACUAUGGAUGAAUUGACAGACCUUGCCCUCCCAUGUCAGAUAGAAGGGAUGAAGAAAUCUCUUGUUCUGGGCAUUUCAGGGAAGGCCAAAGGGCUGGAUGUGACCAUCUCAAUACCCCAGGCCAAUGACAAAAGCAGUGAGGACCAGGAACCAGGCAGUCCUCAGAAUCUCUGCUUGGACUUCGGCUCUAACAUUCCAUUGAAAUAUCUACUGCAGCGGCAGCUGAUCCUGACCAACAAUUCUGCAAUAAAAGCAUCCUUUUCCCUGGAAUUUGAUUAUUUUGGGGUCACUGAAGAAAUCUGGGACAAAAAACCAAGGCUCCCUGAUGUACCACCUGCCAUGAAACAUUCAGUGAGGAUUGCAAAGCACAUAGCCAGGAGGGAGCUUUUAGACUCUAUAGAAACUCUCUUAUCCAAAGGGAAAGGAGCCGCUUUCUUCCCUCACGUCUCCCAAGGGACAUUGGAUGCCUUCCAGAAGCUGACCAUUGACAUCACAGCGUGUAGCAACAUGUGGGGAGACUACCAAGAUGAGCUCGUCUGCAAGGUGGAAGACCUGCCGCCAACCAUCAUCCCCGUCCACAUGGGUGUGGUGGGCUGCCCCAUCACGUUGUUUAGAACUAGCCACCUGCCUGACGAGCCUCCCCAGGACCAAGUCAUCAGGUUUGGCACUCAGAUCUCUGGAGGAGACACUAUCUCCCGCACUCUCCGUCUGAAUAACUCCAGUCCUUAUGACAUCAGGAUAGACUGGGAGACCUAUAACCCAGAAGAGAGAGAAGACAAACUUGUGGAGCUCUUGGUGAUGUAUGGGACGCCCUUCCCCCUGAGGGAUGCUGCCGGGGUGGAGAUCGAUUCCAAGGAAGAGCCCCCGACCGACUCCUCCUUUGUGCCCAGCUCUGGCCAGUCCUCUGCUUCCCUGGGCAGCGCAAGCCCUUUGGAAGCUGUGAGUGUCUCUGCCCCCAGAGAGGGGCACCCGAUCAUCUCAGUGAUCCUGCAGCCCCACAGUGGGGUGCGCUCUGAUGACCCCUACUGCAUCAGUCCCAAGCAGCUGGUAAUUCCAGCUGCUGGGAGCAACUUCAUCCAUGUCUCCUUCACACCCAUGGUCCUGCCAGGGUCUGUCAGCAAGAUGGUGUGUAACAGCUACGCCUUGGGCUUCAUGAGCCUGGACAACAAGAUCGCUCGAGAGAUCCCAGGAAAGGUGAAGCGCCCACAGAACUUCGAUGCAGAGCUCUUCCGCCUGGACCUUCGGGGCCUUGUGCGGCCCACUCGGUUGAGCAUUGAGCAUGACUAUGAUGGUGGAAUGGUGUUCUACCUGCAGGCCAGUGACCUCAUCCCAGCCAAUCCGCUCACUGGGGUACUCACCGAGAUGGUGACAACUCACCGCCUGAAGCUUAACAACUUCACGGAUGUGACCCACUGCUUCAGGCUCCUGGUGGCACCCCCGUUCUCUGUGACGGGGAUCAACCCUGAAUACAACCAGAGAAUCUGGGACAGGGAGGAGGAAGAGGAGGAAGAGGAGGAGCCUGCCGGAGAUCAGUUUGUACUCAGCCCGCAGCAGAACAUGCUGUCUGUUGCCAUCAUCACUUCCACGUCCCCGUUUUCCAGUUCGCCUCACACAGCUAUUGGCGCAGGCCCCAUCACCUCCCACCUCGACCUUUGCCAUGGCCUGCUCACCAGCCCAGCCCCAGAUCAGCCUCCCAAGGGAUUUUCCCAACCCCCACGCACCCAUGCUCAGUGUGGCCCCAUUGAUGGCCCCAGCAGCCCAUCAGGAGAACGUUCUCCUAGAUGCCCAGAACAUGGCAGGCAGUGGUCCCAGAAGGCCUGGGCAUUGUCUGUGCUAAACUCAGCUCUAGGCACUGCUGAGAACCUCCUGGCCCAGACUGGCCUCCACAGGAUUGAGGUGUCCUUCUCCCUGUCUCUGGAGUUACUGACCUAUCAGAAGCUGCCAUCCGACCAGAUGCUGCCAGGAGUGAAGAUACUUAAAGAUGAGGAUGGGGCCAGGAAAAUGGAGUUCCGCCAAGACCUGGUGUUGGAGUACACCAAUGAGACCACCCAGGUGGUGCCCCUCUUGGCCACUGUGACCAUUCCGUCCUUGCAGCUGUCCACCAGCUGGGUGGACUUUGGCACCUGCUAUGUGAAUGAGAUGCACACCCGAGAGGUCACCCUGCUGAACCUGAGUCCCUGCAGGAGUCACUGGGUAGCUCUGACGGACAAGCAGGAGCGGCACAAGGCCAUCUUCCAGGUCUAUCCAACCAGCGGUGUACUGGAAGCUCGGGGAGUCAACUGCCCCCCGACCUCCAUGAGCUUGUACAUCCAUUUUACUGCCAGUGACAGCGGCGAGUCUGAAGCCAUCGUGACGGUGGAUAGCAUCCUGGGAGAGGCCUGCAUCUUGCAUGUGCGUGGGCAGGGCUCCUACGAUGAGAAGUACUAG